AUGACCAACUGGAACGGAACCAUUUUGGGGCCCCCACACUCCACCCACGAAAACCGGAUCUACUCUUUGACAAUUAUAUGUGACGAAAGUUAUCCUGACAAACCACCAAGUGUUAAAUUUAUUUCCAAAAUCAACCUUCCAUGUGUGGGUCCUCUGGGCCAGGUUUUGGUGGACCAGUUUGAUACUUUGAAAAACUGGAAACGGUCGUACACGAUGGAGACGGUGCUCCUCGAGCUCCGGAAGUGCAUGGCAGCACCUGCCAAUAAGAAAUUGCCGCAGCCCGCCGAGGGCUCUACUUACUGA